AUGAUAGACGAUCCAAUAAUAACGCCAGGUAUGGAAGAGUUUCUCCUGCAAACAGGUAGUGGGCUCUUUGCAGGGUCGAUAGCAGGUGGAUUAGCAGCACCUCAAGGAAGUUUGCUUUUGACCUCUAACAACGAUGUUUUCAAUAGAGCCGAUGGGAGGAUCAUUGUGCUAAAAUACCGAAAAACGCCAUUUUCGGUAGAAGACAGGCAAAAGCUUAAAGCCGGCAUUGGACCAAUAGCUGAAAUUCACACGGGGUUUCUACUAGCAUGGGUGAUCAGAAUGUUUCCUUUUUGGCAACAGCAAUUCCCGACAAUUUCCACCCUGGUGGAAAAAAUUUUGUCACGAUUAGUUCCGCCCAAAAUUCAAGACAGAUGGCAACAAGGGGCUUCAGCUAUUAUAGCAACAUAUGCGAUAUUUGAAACAUCUGUAGGCAUAAAACCACGAUGCAAGGAUGCAAUUAUGAAACUGAUUCAAGAUAUGGCUGUGGAAAAGGGCAAUGAUGGCCCAGAUUUAUUGGAAAAAUUAAAUACAUGCCUGAUGGAAAGACUGACGAGGGAUGACGAAAAUGUUAUGAAAUGGCUUAACCCAUUAACGACUGUUCCCGUUAACCAACAAUAUGGCCCAGCAAUAGGAAUAAAAUCGUCUGUUCUGGACACGUUUAUCAAUCUAAAAAGCAAGGAUGUUUCAGCAUUUCUGAAGAGUAUGUCAGAUAAAACAUCAAGCACAUCAAUGAUGUUUGCUGUUCAGGAUGACUGUACUAUAACAGACAUAAAAAAACGAAACGAGGAGAAAUGCAAGAUGGCCAAAGGUUGGAAAAUUCCAAUUGCAGUGAUAAAACCAGAAGCACUGCACAUAAUUAAUGGUAAAUAUGUCAUAUAUGCUAUAAUGCUCUUUAGUGCACAAAUAGUGAAUAAUAGAGUGUUUGGGAUGUCAUUUCAAGGGAAACUUACAAAAUCUUAA